GUCUUUCCGAUGCAUUUUGCAAUAUGCCUGCUCGAGGACUCGAUUUUCGACGAGUUGAAAUGGAAACGUUUUUUUUGUUGCUGAGCAUGUAAAGAGAGAGAGAGAGAGAGAGAGAGAGAGAGAGAGAGAGGGGGGAGAGAGAAAAGCGCAGCAAUGGCGGAUCCUUAUUCCCUGCUUUCCAGAUUUAGACAAAGGAAUUCAGGAGACGAGGCGUCUCCUAUGUACUUUGUGCUUUUUUUAGUCGUUGCUCGUGUCCUCGACAUGCACGAACUUCCGAUGGCACAAUGCAGUUAUUAGUCGUCCCUGUUGUGUUCUAGCAGUGCUUUAAUCGGGCUACUUUUCUUUAUACUGAAUUCAUGUCGGUGCAUGACUGUCAUACUGAUCAGGAGCACGCGUAGGCCAAAAAGACACGCCAAGCCCUGUGCAGACGACGGAUUUUGGGACUGUAGUGUCUGCACGUUCCGCAACAGCGCCGAGGCGUUCAAAUGCAGCAUGUGUGAUGUGCGCAAAGGCACGUCCACAAGAAAACCUCGUCUAAACUCGCAGCUCGUGGCGCAACAAGUAGCGCAGCAGUACGCCACACCUCCACCUGCUAAGAAAGACAGAAGGGAGCGCACAGAGCGAGACGACCACUACGACAUAGACAAUUCUGAUUCGGACAGGCCAAGCGUGGACAACUCGGACUCAGACAGACUGGGCCCAGACACCAGUCACUUAGACAGGGGACACUCACAUAAGGAAAGGAGACCGGAGCGCAUCGGAUUGGACAAACAUCCACUAGUACCAACGCCAGAGGAAAGGAGGCCUGAGCGAGCUGUUCUAAAUCCGGAACUGCACAGAGAACUUAUGGAUAAGGUUCAUUCACAAAGGCCACCCAUGGAAAAGGAGCUUCACACAGGCGCGUCCGGGACACAAGUGGCCGAAAAGGAGGACGUAAAGAAGGUUAAAGUAGAGAAGGCAAUGGUGGACAAGCACAAAGAGAGGGAGAAGGUGCCUGGUGCCAACAAAAAGCCCACUGCUAAGAAGAUAAAACCCAAGAUCCUCAAUAAAGGUCCUCCUAGUGAAAGAAGCAGCAUGAAAUCCGGGAAAUCGGCCACUAAGGGCAACAAAUCGAUUAUUUCCAGGCCUAAACUGAAGAACAUAGACCGAAGCUCAGCUCAGCAGUUGGCCAUAACGGUGGGCAACGUUACGGUCAUCAUCACAGACUUUAAGGAGAAGACACGCUCCUCUUCGACGUCCUCGUCCACCGCUACCUCGAGCAGCGGCAGCUCCGAACAGCAACACCUGAGCUCCAGUUCAGAGAGUACGGACAGGGGGUCGUCCCGUGCCUCUACCCCACGCAGAGACCUUACUGCUGGACACAAUGAGCUCCUUUAAGGCUGCUGGAAGUCAAGAAUCCUCAAACACCUUGAUAAUGCACAGAUAGAACCUUUACACUUAAAAGGAUGAAGGAUCAUUAUCAUGCAUGGGCGCCGUUUCCAUCUUGAUAUUUUGUGGCACGGUGUACUGUGUGUUUCAAUACUGUUUUUAACACACCCACCUCAACCCCCCCCCCACACAACUCGCAAAGCGUGCAUCACCUGCGUCACACCAGUGACCAUAUGGAGCACAAGAGGAAGCGGAUGUAGCACAUCUUGGGUAAAGCUAUGCUAUAUGGCCAAAUGUUUGUGGGCACGUGACCAUCACACCCGUAUGUGGUUCUUCCCCAAACUGUUUGCCAGAAAAUGUUGGAAGCGCACAGUUCCAAAGGAUGUUCAUGUAUGCCAUUGUGUUAGCUUCACUGGAACUAAGAGGCCCUAACUUGUUUUAGCAAGACGUCCAUUAAGACAUGGUUUGCCAGGGUUGCAGUGGAAGAACUUGGGUGUCCUGCACAGAGCCCUGACCUAAACCCAAAUGAACACGUGGUGAAUUGGAACGCCGACUACGCAUACCAGACCUCCUUACCCAAUAACAGUGCCUGAGCUCACUAUUGCUCUUGUGGCUAAAUGGGCAAAUCCCCAUAGCCCUGCUCUAAAAUCUAAUGGAAAUCCUUCCCAGAAGAGUGGAAAUUAUUAUUAAUGCAAAGGAAGGACUGAAUAUGGAAUGGGAUAUUUAACAAGCAUAUAUGAUUGUGAUGGUCAAGUGUCAACAUCGUUUUGGCCAUAUAGUACAUUUCCUUGAUUUGUAACAGUGAAUUUCCACUGAACUCUGUACAGGCAUAUAGUCUUACAUGCUAGCAAGUUAGCCAAAGGUGUGCUAAAUUUGAAUUAUCAUACAUUUAUUAUACGUUUUUGCUGUUUUGGAAUGGAACUUGAAUCAGAUCUCCUAAAGUUUACAGUAAUGUUUGACUGGAUUCCUUGAGGCAUUGAGGAGUCAAUUUCAAGGAGCUUUUUUAUUUUUUUUCUUCUUCUUCUUCUUCUUUCCCUGAGCUAUUAAUGUACCGGAACUGAUGUUGAGAUGGCGAUGGUGACAGAGAUUUUAGUUUUAAAAACAGUAUUGAAAUGCAUGAAUGGUUUACACAAUAUUUUCCCAGAGAGACCUGUAGAGUCAAAUGUUGUGGAGUCAGCAUUUUAUAAGUGGUAGAAAUUGAAACCCUCUGUAUGUUUUAAGCCUUAGAUCUCUGUUCCAAAAAAAAAAAUGGCCUGUAUGUUUCUCUAACACUGACUAUUCCCAAACCACAUCCUGACACUAUACAGUAUGUCAGUUGAAGGUGUCACAGUUGUGAGGAAAAACCCGUAGAACCUCCCAGAGAUAAAAUGUGUACUUUUUGAUUUGUUAAAUUAAUGAUUGUAUUUAUAAACUGUGAUAAGAACAAAUAAAUAGUAGAUGGCUAAGCUGGAAUUGCAAACAUGAACAUACUAAAUGACUGUUGUUCUAGGUGCUAGUAUACAUUAAUAUAGGGAACAGAUGGUUGGAUUGGAAAACACAAAUGAAUCAUUUGAAACACGAUCAGCAUUUGAAGAAUAAUGUUCAAUGGAAUCUCUUCAGUAAAGGCCAUUUUUAUAUUGAUAGAUGUUAUGUAUUGUCAGUCUAUCAUUGAUCAAAGACCAUAUAAUCUGUUUCAGAACCAUUCUUGUAGAUGCUAAUGCUAAAUAACGUUACCAAGCUUUUUACAUGCCACAAGGGCACAUUCUUUUAUCAAGUCGCUGUGAGCCAGGUAACAGCAAAAUUUCAUCCCAUUCAUUACUGCCUCAAAGCAUUAUGAAACUGUCGAUGUGAUCUUUAUAGAUGAAAUGUCUUUAGUGUAUUUAUUUUGUGCAAGCAAUUCUGUUCUUGUGUAUGAUCUGUAACCUUAAUUUACUAUGUAAAGAUGGUUACAUAUAAGGAAUACUUGUCAUAAUAUAGAUUAACACUAUGUUUCUCUGUGGUGUAUUAAGUAUCUGGCACAGUUUCUUAGUUAUUUUUGGCUCCAUAUUCCAGUCGUUGUGUGUUAAAAUAGCAGUUAUUGCAUACAAUGUUUCUCUCAAUGCUGCUUGUUUUUUUUUUUUUUCCCAUUUCUGCUCAGUCUGAAGUAAAUCCUGCUUGGUGAAUUCUGCUUGUAGCAUAGCUUUCAUUUCAAAUAAAGUAACUGCAUUUGUUUUU